GUCAUUUAAAUGCUGCAACUCAGAGAUUCACUCAGAAGACUGGACUCAAUUCUGAAGGUCGCCCAGAAGGAGAGAACAAUGUCCUCUUUACCUGUGCCAUACAAACUGCCUGUGUCUUUGUCUGUUGGUUCCUGCGUAAUAAUCAAAGGGACACCAAUCGACUCUUCUGUCAACGACCCACAGCUGCAGGUGGAUUUCUACACUGACAUGGAUGAGGACUCAGAUAUUGCCUUCUGUUUCCGAGUGCACUUUGGCAAUCACGUGGUCAUGAACAGGCGUGAGUUUGGGAUAUGGAUGUUGGAGGAGACAACAGACUACGUGCCCUUUGAGGAUGGCAAACAAUUUGAGCUGUGCAUCUAUGUGCAUUACAAUGAGUACGAGGUAAAGGUAAAUGGUGAAUACAUUUACGCCUUUGUCCAUCGAAUCCCACCAUCAUAUGUGAAGAUGAUUCAAGUGUGCAGAGAUGUCUCCCUGGACUCAGUGCUUGUCAGCAAUGGAUGGAGAUGAUUACACUCCUCAUUGUUGAGGAAACCCUCUUUCUACCUGACCAUGGGAUUCCCAGAGCCUGCUAACAGAAUAAUUCCUCCUCACAAUUUCCCCUCCACUUGGUCAUUAAAACAGCACGAAAACUCACA